AUGCGCUUCAUGUUUCUAAGCAAAGAAAGUCACUUGCUGGCAUUACAAGCAAAAGUUAGAGUGGAAAGAGUGAUUUAUGAGAGUCUCCGUAACGGAAGUCAGUCCUACAUUGAUCUGAGCGUUGAAUGGAGUAGUCAUCGCGGUUUCGGGUGCGAUAACUUUUAUAAGCUGAAAAUUUUUCCAAAGAAAGGUGGAGGAUGCGUUAUUCAUCACCGAGGAGGAUUGAGCAUUGAUUACGAGCAGGAUAUCGAAUCCGUUGGCAUGCAAUUACUAUUUCACUACACGAAACUCCUAGAUAUUGAAUUUUUGGGAAUAGAACUGUGCGUCAUAUCGCCUGGGUUCGUACACAUGUUGCGAGAGCAACUAUCCGGAUUAACUCUUCAAGCAAAUAACUUUUCUCUGUGUAUCGAUGACAAUCUUGUGAUUCUCUCACUUAUCCCGCUAAUAAAAAACCACUCAUCAAGUAUCCUUUUUUCCAAUCUCGAAGAUGGAGUACUUCCGACUUUGGUUAGUGAAGUAUUUGACUAUGAAUCGGUUCGUAUUACCCGAAAUCUCUCUGUCAACAAGGCGGAUCUUUUUGAUGAACAACUGUGCAAUCUGCAAGCAUCUAGGCUAUUCGUAUCUUCCCCCCACAUCACCUCACAUUCUAUCAACUAUUUGAUACGACAAUGGUUCGCAGGAGAACGCGAGAUCAGCUUAAUCAAUAUAACCAUUAAUAAACCGUUAGACUGGGAUGAAUUGUUCAAUGGAAUCGAUCCAAGUAACAUCACGCUAUUAGGCAUUGGCAAUCUUGGAGCCGGUGGGAUACAUGAUGGGAAGUUAAACUUCGAUCAUGGAGUUCUUUCCGUCUUUUUAUGUGGUACUGGUUGCAUAUUAAAAUCAUUACCAACAACCAAUCUGCACUAUGAAUAA